AAAGAAUUCCUGUAUCCUCGCCCCUCAGUCCUGAUUGAACCUACUUGAUGUCACUUGUUUUUAACCCGUCAUGUGUUUGGUGUCUUCUCCCCAGUCCCCAGCUCUACCUCUUCUGCCACAUGUCACCAUGGCAGCACCUCUUGACCCGGUGUCUGAUCCAGGGACAGAAAUGAGCCUCCUGGAACUCAACCAGGAGCUUCAAUCCAAGCUGGAAGCAAGCCAGCAGGACUUCCGAGACCUCAGAGAGAAAUUCCUUGUAUCCGAAGCUACUGCCUACUCCCUGGCCAACCAGCUGCAGAAAUAUAAGUGUGAAGAGUUGAAAGACAUCAUCGAAUCCGUGCUGGGGGAGACGCUGCAGUGUAAGCAGGGGAAGUUGGCAGAGACCUUGACCGAGAAGCUCAGGCAAUAUCAUAUCCUGAUUAAAGCUCAGGCUGAAGAGCUGACCCAGUUGUGGCAGAAGUUACGGGAAGGGAGAGAAGUUUCUGAGCCAGUCGAUCAGCACCUCAAGGACCUCCUCACCCACGAUGACCCCGAGCGUCCCCAAGGCCAGGGCUUCCAGGAGCAAGUGGCCGAGAGACACAGGCUGGCAGAGUGCCUUGCCCGCCAGCUCAGCCCCGAAGAUGAGGAGGAAGAGGAGGAGGAGCAGGAGGACGAACAAGCAGAAGAAUCCCUCACCACCAGCAUGGAGCUUCCGGAAGCUGAAAAGAAGGAAGUCCUCCAGGACACGCUGAAUGAAUGUGUUUUGACUCCUUCCAUUGGCCAAGGAGGGCGUGACUGCUACCAGCCUUACAGGGAUGGCACGUUCCCAUCGGAUAAACAGGAAAUCGGCUCCGCUCUGGAUGUAGCCUGUGAAUGCUCCCAUUCCAAAGGGGAUGAAACUCCACCCGGGUCCCCAGACAACCAAAUGGGUCACGAGGGGCUGAAAGGGCGAGAGUCAGAUGCCCCCAGGCUCAGUAGACAGCUGCUAGAGGUGGUGGAGGAGGAAAUCCCAUGGGACUCUCUGGAUGAACGCUACUGGACAUAUUCGGUUCUUCCUGACCUGUCUGACUCCUACUGGCCUUACAGGAGCACCGCCAUCUUCUUCCCUGAGGAACUGGAAGUCUCUUAUGCUCUGGAAAUGGCCAAAAAUCAGACCCAUCAAGAGGAGGAACGAGACCAAGACCUGACAUGCGCCAGACCUCCCCUCCCCACCAGGCUCGACAGGGAGCUGCCGGAGAGUGCAGAGCAGGAUGUCCAACAGGACUCACUGGAUGAACGCUAUUUGACUUACUCAGCUCUUCCUGACCCAUCUGAUUCCCCCUGGACCCACAGGAGGGCCAACAUCAACUCAUAUGAGGAUCUGGAUGUCUGUCCUGCUCUGGAAGUAGCUAACAAUCAUGCUGAUCUUUGCGAUGAAGAAGACCAGGACCCGACAUGCCCCAGCAACACCAGGCUCUGCAGGGAGCUGCCAGUGGCCCCAGAGGAUGAAGUCCCACAGGACUCAGUGGGGGAAUGUAAUUUGACUCCUUCCGUUGGCCAUGACCUGUCAGACACCUAUAGGCCUUAUAGGAGUGCCUCAUUCACCUUUGAUAAACAGGAAGUCUUCUUGGGCGUGGAUGUAGAUGCCCCGAUGCAGGUGCCCGGUCCCCAAGGGCCAUCGAGUGGAAACUUGACUUUCCCAAGGCCGGAGGUGCAAGCUUCACGAGCACCGCCACAGUCAAAUACCCAGGUGGCCAAUUCUGUGCCAGGGCAGCCGGACCAGCAGUUGGCUUGUGGUGACUGCAGAGCCAGGCUCCGCCCCUCCCCCGCCAUCAGGACACUGGCAGCCAUGAUGGUUUCUGGGAGCCAACGGCCGCUCUUCCAAGAGCAGGGUUUGGAAGCUUCCAUGGGUGUGAAGAACCCUCCCAAGCUGGAGGGUGACGCUGCUGAGGGCUCGGUGACCAACCAGUGUGCAGGUCAAGUCUUUGGCCACGUUAAUGCCCUGGGUGUGAUGAAACAGAAGAUGAUCAAGAGAAAAGUGCAGUUCGGCGAGGGCAGACUCGCGUGCAGAUUCCGUGGCCUUCAAGCAUAGGGCACAGAGGUAAUGGCGUCCGUGGCUCUUGGAGUAUGGAUUCCUAUUGCUCUGUUAGAUUAUAGCUCCGCCCACACCCCAAACUGUUUUUCUCUUCCUCGUUUGGUCCCUCUGCCAGCUGCCGCUGCCUCUGUCUGGUCCUGCCUCUGACUGGUCCUGCCUGUGUCUGGUCCUGCCUCUGUUUGCCACGGGUACUGCCACCCUGGGGGCCCUCCCAUCUCCAUCAGCUGUGGCAUGUGAGCUGUGCUGUGUCCCCACGGGGGCUGUCCUGGGAUUCCCUCUCCCAUGUCCUCACGGCCGCGGGGAAUUAGGCCCCACGGCCCCCCUCAGCAGACCAGCAUCAUUUACACGUGUCGCCAAACACAUGGCACUUUGGCACAAGGCACACACUUUUGUGGCUUCUUUGACUUCCUUCCUUGCUUCUCCAGCUCCAUGAC